AUGCCGACGCUUAACUCGUCCUCUUCAUUCCUGGGCCGACUUUCGGCCCGUUCCAGCUUCAUCUCACCAAAAGAAGUUAAAGUCACCGUACAGCUGCUCAACGACGCGGACACUGUCAUCAAUGAGUUCAAGAGAUCGCCAACCAGCAAAGCGAUACUGGACUAUAUUUGUGAGCUGAAGAACAUUCGUGAAAAGGACUACCUCGGACUCCGUUACCAGGAUCAUAACAAACAUCGUUAUUGGGUGGAUCUGUCUCGACCGAUUUCGCACAUCGCGAAGCAAUUCAAGUCCGAUUCUCUUGCCCUUCGCUUGCGCUUUCGCUACUAUCCAGCUGAGCCGUCCCAUUUGAGAGAAAAUGUCAGCAGGUUC